CUUCCGGUGAUAAAAAAAAUUUAAUUUCGUUUGCGAUUUUCAGUUAAUUGCAUUUUUUUCGCUGUGAGCGCGAUGGAAUCCAUAGGUGCUAGCCAAUCGGAUGAGCUUGAAAUCGAAACGUUCGGCAGCAGUUGCCAGUAUAAUUAUUUGCCUUAUGACUUUAUAGGGAGAGGAGCAUUUGGUGUUGUGUACAAUGCCAAGGUUACAGAACGCGGCAAUUAUACUGGAAGCGAUAUGGUGGCUGUCAAGACAGUUCACCUCGAUGCUCGACACGACAUCGUCUCGAACCCAGGAACCUGGGCAAAAACGAUGAUAAGACUAAAAACGUUGCUGGAAUUAGCUCACGAAAAUCUUGUUGUGUGUCAUCAAGUCCGAAUUAUUAAAUCAGGUGGCGGAACUACGGUCGAAAUAAUGAUGGAGCGUUGUCACAUUCCCAUGCACGAAAGCGUCACCUGCUCCGGCGAUAUAUCGCAUCUGCGUGGCACCGUGCGCUACAUGUCGCCAGAAAUGCUGAAGAAAUUCUGCCUAUUUGUAGCAGAAACUCCAGGGCGGAUGACUGAUAUUUGGAGCUUGGGAUGUAUUAUGCUGGAUAUAGCCGAAUGCUUUUCUAGCAGCAAGACAGAUGAAAAGCUGCUCCAAAAGGAUGGGAAUCCGAUAAAUCUGAGCAAUAAUAUUUCAAAUCUCCGAUUUGCCGAGUUCAUAAUGAAUGGCUUUGUGCCGUUUGUAAGCGACGAAAUACCGGGAAAGUUAGCGGCCUGUAUUCGGCUUUGCUUACAAGAAAGUCCCAGUUCCAGGAUAUCUGCCGAGACGCUGCUGCAGGAAUUCUCGGUAUCGAACGUCAUUGAAUUUGAUAACGGCACACCUGUUCAACGUGCUGACGUUGCAAUUGUUUUAAUGAACUGGAGUGCACAGCCGGGCACUGUUAAGGCGGUAAAAUAUGACCCGGUGACAAGCCGAAUUCGAGCUCUUGAAAUUCCUAUACCCGUUGGCAUGCAGCUUAUCUUUCCGCAGUUAACAUUGCCGAACAGAGAAAUAGUAUUUCAAGCUGGCCAUGGGGACAGUGAAGAUAAACUGUUUAACAUCUGGAAGGUAUCGACUGGCACAUGGCGUUCAUUCUGGGCGAAAAAAACCGCCGAGUAUGCAGCAUCGUCACCUUGCUGCAGUCCAGUUGUAACCAGAGACACGAUCUAUUAUUUUCAAAAUAACAACUCGGAUGACUACCGCUUGGUGGCGAGAGACCUACGCAGAGGCCAUAUUAAGUUCUUCAGACCAGUUGAAGGCUGGAACGUUGAGGCAAUAGCUGAAUUCGAAAAGAAGAUCUUAUAUGCCCAUCACAAAGGGACUGCCGAAUUCUCCGAGCUGGAUCUCUAUGAUCCCAUGGAGAACAGUUGGACAUCCUUACCACAACUUUCACAGCAGCGAAUUGGAUUUAGUAUGGCUGUCGUGGGCGGACAUGUUUACAUUCUUGGAGGAACGUUGAAACAGGCGGCAACAGCUUCAUGUGUCCGCUUAAACAUAAGCACUUCCACGUGGGUCGAUAUCCACUCCUUGCAAAAACCGCGGCAUCGACAUUCGGCUUGCGUUGUAAACGAAAGGAUAUACGUCUGCGGCGGUAAAAAUGCAGCAGGCGAGGUUGAAUAUUCAAUGGAAGUUUACGAUACCACCCGCGACGGACCGUGGUCCACUGUCGCACUAACCACACACGAUGAGAAUCUCCUGCGAAGCACGAUCCUUGACGUUGAAGAUUCUGUGAUAGGCAUAUCUAUAGCUCAUUAAUAUUACCAUGCUUGAUAGUGAUAUUCUUCAGCUGCGUGUAUAAGAUUUUGUUUCUCUGUCUUCUGUUAUGUCAUGCUUCAAUAUUCAUGAUCCAGAGGUGCACUUGCAAAAUUAAUGCCGUCAUUUUCCUGUUCAAAAAAAUUACCAGGUAG